CCUUGACGUAGUUUAAAUGUUCGGGAUGUGUAACUCGUUCGAAGUUUUACCGCACCAUCGGGUUUUUACUUGUAGUCGAAUGUUUAGAACGUAUCUCAAAGACACAUUUCACAGUUUCUAAGAGAUGAUUCGUCUAAUUGUAAUUGAUAGACAGCUACGUAUCCUGCGUCCAAAUGAAAAAUUUCCAUCAUUUUCAUGCAGUCAAUUGCUAUGCAUGUUGGCUAAAUCUGUUAUAGUUAAACUUUGUAACUUUGAAAAUCCUGGUUUUAUAUCUGUAUGCGAUACAACAAGCUUGUCUCCUAAAGGAUCACUUGGCGCAUUUUCCUCCGAUAUAUCUAGCUUGCAUAAUGCAAUUGAUCACAUUGAACAGACAGCUAAGGCGAUGUUCCCUAGUGAAUUGACUGCCACAUCAAUUCUUAACAUCUUGAAAGAAGCAUAUCUGUACUAUGGACCAUGGUCAAAUAUUCAAGUUUUAUUAUUUACAGAUGGAGGAUCUUCUUACUUCACUCAUUCCUCUCUUAUUUACCCAGUAGAUUUUCCCAAAAGUCUAUUUAAUGAUACUUCAAUUUUGUUCAUUAGUUUGAGUGAUAAACAGUUAUCUAACGAUCUAAUGGAGUUAUAUAAUCAAUUUCACUUGAAAUCAAUAAUUUUCGAAGCUAACAAAUACGUUUCAAAUCUUGAAACCUAUACUGUCGAAUUAUAUAUAGAUAACUUAGCCAAACAUAUUAUUGAACAUUGUCAACCGAAUCAAGUAAUUCCAAGUGUAAUUAUCAAUUGUGGACGUCUUCAAAGUAUGGCAGUUUUAUUACCGUCUCCAGGUGUUCAUUCAUUCACUGGAUUGAACGAUUUGGCAAAAAAUUCACUUUGUGUGGAGAUCUUCGGUUUCCUUAAUCUCAGCGAUUUAAAUAAUCCACCAGUAAAUGGACGUUUCACAGUGGUUAGUCGAACAGGUAAUUUAUCAUUUUAGUAUGUAUGUUUCACAUCAUUGGGUUGUGUUACAGUUUGAUCCAUUUUUUAGCACAGUCUUAUUCGUCCGUUUAAUCGGGUCACUUGAUUAUAGUGUCCACUAAUUACGAAUUCGCUUAUGUCAAUCGGUCAAGUGGUUUUCCAUUUUGCCAAUAAAAUGCAGUAACUGGACAUCUUAACUCCUGUUGGUCCAUGCAGCUCUAAUAUAUCCAUCUGAUCCUGAUCUUCUCUACCUACUUUUGCGAUCAUUACAAAAUACAAAAACUGUUGCCAUGUGCAAUAUUUACAUUGUAAUGAAUAAUCAAUUAGCUCAGUCAAUCAAUUCAAGUACAAUUUCAGUGUUGGAUUCACACAAUUCAUCUAAACGUAAUCUUCAACAACAACAGCCUGGUAAAAAUUCACCGAACCAUACUCUUUGGAGUCAUGGUUAUUUGCAUCAUAUUGAUAUGAAGCAAUCAAUUUUAAUGUUGUCAGUAUUUGAACGAGGUUUGUUGUUAUUAAUCCAAAUAAUUUGAUAAUAUUUUGAUACAUCUAAUAUUUAAACUCUUCGACAUUGAUCGACUUUUUAACCUCUUCACAGUCCUCAAAAGGUUUCUACAUAUAGAUUUCAAGCAGAACUCUGAAUACAUAAAGGUUGAGACCAUAAUUUACGAACUACCGAAGUGACCUUGGGAAAAUUCACUAACCCAUUACGGUCUAAAGUGGGUUAUAAAGUAGUGUGAGAAAUCAGAAUCGGCGUUUCUAGUUCGAAGUUAGUGUUAGGAAUUGGAGUUACGGUCUUCAUCACGAACUGACAUAAGCUAAAAUACUAUUUAACCUUAUGAAUGAAUGAAUGAAUGAAUGAAUUAGUCACUGCUCAGUGUUCAAUCAUUUUAAAUACAUCAUAGAUCAGUCGUGGCCCAAAGAGCUGAGUACUAACGUAUGUGACCGUAAAGCUGAGUGAUACGGGAUCGAAUCCAUCAGGAAGCACUAGUUCUCUCAGGAUUACAAGCACACCUUGGCAUCACGUCUCAGAUAGUACAAAACCUAGGUCAAGUAGGGUAUUUUGUCGACUACCUCCAAUCUCCACUUUAAUUCAGUCAUAUAUAUUGCAGAAUGUUAUCAAACUAAACGAUUGUUGCUGUGAAUGGGGAAUCGUAGUGAAAUAAUCAUUAUAAGGAAAACCCAACAUGAAUCAAACAACUAGAUACAAUCGAUAUACACUUAGAGUUAAUGCAUAUAAAUCAUGAAAAUGCUUUGAAAGUUGACUAGACAAAGAUCAACUUAAAUCAAUAUAUGAAAUAACGAAUGUAUAUCCCCCAGCAAUUAAUUGAUCCUUUUUUGUUUUUGAACUGUUUCAUUUCUCAAUGGCAUUUUGUUUUUAUUUCAGAAUGUACUGGUUUACCUUGGC